AUGUCUCGUAAACUGACUUUUAUCCCAGGACCAAUCGAAUUCAGCGACAAUGUGCUCAAUGCCAUGUCCACUCCAUCGCAGUCGCACGGCUCGCCCGAAUUCACAGCUGUUUUCCAAGAAGCGCUUAAAAAUACCCGAAAAGUGUUUAAAUCCACUGACCCGAACUCUCAAGGCUUUGUGAUCUCCGGAUCCGGAACUCUGGGAUGGGAAAUCGUCGGGGCCAAUUUGCUCUCCAAGUCCGAGUCUGCCCUUGUUGUGUCCACCGGUUUCUUCUCGGAGCACUUUGCCGAGGCCUUGCAGGUGUACACCGACAACGUUGACAUCAUUGGUGCAGAGGUGUUUGGCGACGAGGUGAAGGCCGAAGCAAUCGAGUCCAAGCUCAAGUCCAAGAAGUAUGACGUGAUCACCAUCACUCACACCGACACUUCUUCUGGUGUCCUGUCCAAUUUGGAGGAAAUCUCCGCUCUGGUCAAAAAGGUGUCUCCAGAGACUUUAAUUGUGGUUGAUGCAGUCUGUGCCACAGCUUGUGAGAACCUCGAGUUCGACAAGUGGGGGAUCGAUUACGUUCUGACCGGAUCCCAAAAGGCUCUGGGAUGUCCUUCCGGGUUGUCUAUUUCUUAUGCUUCCAAACGUGCUUUGGAUAAGGCAUUUGCUUCCAAACCUGCUUCCUAUUAUGCCUCGCUCCAACAUUGGUUGCCAAUCAUGAAAUCGUACGAGAGCGGAAACGCUGCUUACUACGCCACCCCGGCUAUCCAAUUGGUCCAUGCCUACAAUGUUGCUUUGAAGGAGGUCUUGGCUACCACCCUGGACGACAGAAUCAAGGCCCAUGCCGAGGCUUCGGACAAGUUCAAGAACAAGCUCGAGAAACUCGGCGUCAAGUUGGUUCCUGUUUCCAGAAAAGUGGCUGCUCACGGUCUCACCACCGCUUACUACCCCGAUGGUGUUGAUGGUAACAAGUUCCUUGCCAAGGUUAGAGACUACGGUUUCACUCUGGCGACCGGAAUCUACAAGGAUUACAAGACCAAACAAUGGGAAUUGGCCAGCCCAGUCGGAGAUCUCCUGCUUGAGAGCAGUGACCUCUGGCAGCUUGGUGACGAUCUUGGCCUUGAAGUCCUUCAAUUUGUUGGCCUCGAUUGGCAAACUGGUCUGGACCUCCUUGGCGAUCUUGAUGGCUCUGUCAAUGUAAUCAACAACCUUGACAAAGUCCUGCUCAGAAAGACCUCUGGUGGUCAUUGCAGGAGCUCCAAUUCUAACACCUCCUGGAACAAGAGCAGACUUGUCACCUGGAAUGGAGUUCUUGUUCAAUGCAAUAUUGAUCUGCUCGCAAACAGCUUCAAUACGAGCACCAUCGAUUCCCUUGUCUCUGAGGUUGACCAACACCAUGUGCGAGUCGGUACCGUCAGAAACAAGCUUGUAGCCGACAGCUUGUUUCAAAGCAGUGGCCAAGGCAGAAAUCGUGUGGUUGUGAGGACCACCCUGGUGACCUGGGAACACAGAGAAGUUGAUAGGGUUCUCAAGAUCGUAGUAGAUCUCCUUUCCGGUCUUUGGAUUCACGGAUCUAACACCCUUUCUGAAGAAAAUCAUAGCACCACGUGGACCUCUCAAGGACUUGUGGGUGGUGGUGGUGACAAUAUCGGCGUACUCGAAUGGAGAUGGAAUCACGCCUGCUGCUAUCAAACCGGAGAUGUGAGCCAUGUCAACAACAAGAUAGGCACCAACCUUGUCUGCGAUCUGUCUCAUUCUCUUGUAAUCGAUCAAUCUGCAGUAAGCAGAAGUACCAGCAACCAAAACCUUUGGUCUGUACAAAACGGCGGUCUUUUCCAGCAUAUCGUAGUCGAUGAUUCCGGUCUCAAGGUUCACUCUGUAUGGCAUGGUCUCGAAAUAGGUGGAAACUGCAGAAAUCUUUCUGGUGUCUGUUUGGUAACCAUGGGAAAGAUGGCCUCCGUGAGGAAGAUCCAGUCCCAUCAAUCUCUCAUGAGGCUUCAUGAUGGCCUGGUAAACUUGCAAGUUGGCUGGAGAUCCAGAAAGAGAUUGAACAUUCACACCCCAUUUGUCUGCAUCAAGGUUGAAAGCUUUCAAAGCUCUGGCCUGACAGAGCAGCUCCAUUCUGUCGAUGUGCUCGUUACCACCGUAGUAUCUGGCACCAGGGUAACCCUCGGAGUACUUGUUGCACAUUGGAGAUCCCAAGGCAUCAAACACAGCAGUAGAGGUGAAGUUCUCAGAAGCAAUCAGAACAAUCGAGUGUCUCUGUCUUUCGAUCUCAUCCUGGAUGAUGGAGGCGACCUCAGGGUCGAUGUCUUUCAAAUGGCCUUCGACGAGUUGUCUGUGGGAGUUUGA